AUGGCUGGAUCACUCACCGAGUGGCUUGCCCCAUUCAUUGUAGCAGAGUUACAAGCCGUCUUAGCAUGGAGCAAGGCGCUGAGGGGCGCUCCCAAAAUCAAGAACGAUCCUGAUGGUCGAUUCAGCGACGAUGGCAGCAAUUUCAAGAGCAUUGUGCUCGCCCAUACAACGACUAGUGAUCGGAAGGUGCAAUUAAUCAGCGUAGACAGUGUGGGACCGUGUAAGGUCUCGCUUUCCGAUGGUCGACAUUCCAUCCGGUGCGAACUAUCCGAGCAAGCUGUCAAGGCUUUGGAAGUCGAGAUGGGUGAGAAGUUGACCCAGGAAACGAGGGGAGACGUAUUCUCCAUUGACGACAUUACUGUAAUCAGUACGCCGUACGGACCGUUGCAUGGGUUGGUACAGCUCCAUGUUGGCAACGUGCAUUAUCAAUAUCAUCUGCGAAAGAAGCAAGGCGAACCAAGCCUAAUUUCCCAGCAUGAAGAUAUUGUACGCCACCUGCGCGAGAUAGAGCGAAUCCGUGGACACACUCUCGCUAACCGUGAAGAAGCUAGCGAGGACGAUAACCAUUUCGCGCAAUCGGCGGGACCUGCUUUUGAAAAGCAGUCUGGCAGUGUCAAGGAGACACAGGCUUCAACAUCCCAGGUCGGUCGACGCAAGCGGCCGCGUGUGCCUUCACUGGCCAGGGACGGCUUCGAGGUAGAACGAGGCAUCAACUUAGCAUCACCUCUCCCUCCUAAUCAGUCAUUGAAGGUGACGGCUGUGCAACCGAUGGCAGCUCAGGGUGCAGCGCUGCUGAGCUUGCUCGGUGUCGGAAAGCCGAAAAUGGCUGCGCAGGGUGAGACUCGCCACGUCGACGCCUCCGGCCAGCCAGAAUCCUUCUCGCAGUCCGUCACCCUCCAACAUCAGAGCACACCUAGCCCUCGAAUCCCGCGCGUUCCUUACGGCCGCCGCAGAGUGCCCUUUGUGCAACAACGUCUACUGGAGCGGAGUGACUCGUGGUAUCCGUCUCCGCCUGGUCAGCAGUUCCCAAAGCCAAGCGUCCCAAUUGACCUUCUGAAGGACUGGAACAAUCAAGUGCAACCAGAUGCAUCUCCAGCUACAAAAGCGCAAUCUCCGGCAACAAUGCUUGGUACGCCAGCCAAACGAAAGGCCGAAGAACCAGAAUCACGCGAGGCUGAUGCUUCUUCACUUCGAUCUUCAUCUGAAGGUGAACAGUUCAGCGGCUCACAAUGGCCUCAAUCACAAUCACCGCCAAAGCGAAGCAUGCUUCCACCUGAUAGCACCGUGGAAAGCGGACUAUUUGGGCAACAGCGUGCGAGACCAUCCCAUCACAUUGGUCCUCCUUCCCUUAAGACCAUCCCGUCGCCCGGCAACCUGACCCGGCUCUCUCCUACAACGCCGCAACCGACAUCACCAAAACUACAAUCACUGCCUGUCCGCUCGCCAAUGAAGCACCCUUUGGCCCCAAAGCCGCUCCCACCAAGCUCUGCUUUAGGUGCAGUCGUCAGAAGUACUCAAUACGCUGAAGACCGCGACGAUAUGGAGUUAGACGUUCCGCGGCCACUGGUGGACCCAGCAAUAGUACAACGGCAACGGCGCUCAGAGUUCAUGAAGUUGGCCCAACGACGUCGCUGGUUGCAAGCGAACUGUAUGUGUCGCAAGGGUAGCGCGAUCAGGGACGAUGAGAUAUGUGCCGUGUACCGUCGGCUCCAUGCAAACGACAGCAACGUCACGCGCGCGGCGUUCGGAGAUGCCAUCACAGAUGCGUUCCCCCAACUUCGCGAUCAGAAAGCCCUCGGUCUUGACUUGACGCCUACCUCUUCUGCUGCAAGGCCGCAACCCGCGCUAUAUGCAGGCAACAAACUUGAUGGCGCGCAAGACGCUGGAGAUGCCACAUCAAACCAUUCCAGUUGCGCACCCACCCCACUAUCAGACGCCAAAGACCAUAUCUCAAUCCAUGGAGACUGUGCCGGACCCAGUGACAGGACUACGAGCUCUCGUUCGAAUGCAAACAGCGUGGUUCAGCCGCCUCGUGGCACAUCGAACCAGCAACCAUUUCAAGCUAUGUUUGCGCACGAUAGCCGUGACCGCUAUGACCGGGCCGAACCUGAACACUUCGUACAACCGCCUACAUCCUUUGCCUUUAGCGACUUCUUUCGCGCGUGGCAGGAUGUCAAGCCCCGCGGCUCAUUUGCUCGUCGGUGCCCCAAGCCAGCCCGUCAGAGCCAGCAGUCGAUUAACGUAUUGGGUUGGGAUAUUGGUUGA